CGCCGUUCGAGGAUCACAAUCAACAAACAGACUCCGUGACAUUAAUUGACACUGACAUUUUUCAAAUUCAUUGUCAAACAAGUGUUUAAUAUUAUUCAUUUGUAGUGGUAGGAAAAAUGUAAAUGCCUUGUCGUUACAAAAGGAUACACACUCUCCGUGGCAAAAGUAUAAUCAAUUUAAUGGCAUGUUUCUCACGACUACACUGACACACGAGUUUGAACGUAACGUGCUUAACACACUUUGUACAAACAGUCGAGCAUCGGAGUCUUAGUUGUAAUUAUCAAGUUUUUGCUUGAAAAAAUUUAAUUAACGCGCGUACGCCUACCUCUUAGCUGACGCGUUAUUAAUUUAUGGGUCAAUUAGCAUUUUUAUCGUAGACGCGCACAAACUUUCUAAAUAAAUUAAUCAAAUUUGAUUUGUUUGGAAACUUUUCAAAUGAUAAUUUGGUUGAAGUUAGUUUGAUUAUUCCUAUCUCGAGAUAAGCAACCAAGUGACAAGUGAAAUUUUUAUCUCAGCUCGUUAACAACCCAUUUGGCUCUUUGGCUGCUCUUUAAAAAAAAAAAAAAAAAAAAAAAAAAGAAACUUUGACUCAAAGUUUUCGCAGCGAAACUCUGAUGGGAGAAAAACAAAGCCCUCAAACCGACCUCGUGCGGCAAAAACGAGUAAAAUACAUCCCGUAUACUACCCCACUGACCCUGGAAAGAGAGACAGAUACGGAGUGUUAUAGCUGGCGCCAACAAACACCAUGUACAGGCAAAAGAGAGAAAAAGAGCGAGAGCAGUAGUAACUGGAAAGCCAUCAUCGUGGCAGCUGUGCCCGGCACGUCCCUCAGUUUCGCGACGACAGCUGUUCCGUCUUUACGUUGCGCCUGUCGUCCCCGGAAAACUACAGCCUUUUCCGGCCCCCCAACUCCCUCGCCCCUCUUUCCUCCUUUGUCCUCGAAUUUUCCGGACUCGUGGCAUUAUUAGUUGUACUUGCUCUCCGAAAUUGGAUACAUAUUUCCGUACUCCCAAAGGCUCAAGAGAACGUAGCGCAAGGAUAUAGCUGGAGCAGGUUUAAGGAGCAAACAUUAAAAAUUCGAGAAAAUGAGUAUCAACAUAGAUAAGCCCAGAUGGGACCAGAGCACUUACGCAGGCCGGGCCAAGCACUUUUUUACAGUGACGAAUCCUUUGAACGCAUUCGCCACGAGCAAACAGCUCGACAGGGCGAAGGAAAUCGUUACCAAAUACAGAAAAGGUGCCUCCUUGAAGCAAUUGGGGAUCGACGAGGACGAACUGUGGAGAGCCAAGUAUUUGUACGACAGCGCCUAUCACCCGGAUACCGGUGAAAAGAUGGUAAUGGUCGGACGCAUGAGCGCCCAAGUGCCCAUGAACAUGAUGAUCACCGGCUGUAUGAUGACGUUUUACAAAUCGACCCCUGCGGUGAUAUUCUGGCAGUGGUUCAACCAGUCGUUCAACGCGGUGGUCAACUACACGAACCGAAGCGGCUCGAGCCCGAUACCCUUGGAGACCCUGGGCAUAAGCUACGUGGGGGCGACUGGGGGUGCUCUGGUCACGGCCCUCGGGCUCAACAGACUAGCCAGACGGGGACCUCCGCUAGCCGGACGACUCGUACCCCUGGCAGCCGUGGCUGCGGCAAAUUGCGUCAAUAUUCCCCUAAUGAGGUUCACGGAGCUGAGGGACGGCAUCGAGCUUCAGAACGAGAAAGGCGAUCUGCUCGCUAGGAGCCGGAAAGCCGCCAGAGAGGCCAUAUCUUCCGUCACUGUGUCUAGGAUUGGCAUGGCCAUGCCCAGUAUGGUGUUGGCACCUGUCCUGAUAGACACGCUGGAACGUCGGUGUAUAUUGGCCCGAGGCUCGUUGUGGGCAGGACCGAUCCAGGUGGCCUUUUGCGGCUUAUGUCUGACAUUCGCGACGCCAUUGUGUUGCGCCCUGUUUGCCCAAAAAGUCGCAGUCAACGUCGACCAUCUCGAGGAGGACACGAGAGAGGAGAUACUGAAGAAGGCACCGGGCACUCGAGUCGUUUAUUACAACAAGGGGCUGUGAAUUUGUGUCGAUGCUGGCGUUUGGCGUAUGUGUCUCGAUUUGAGGGUACGAAUCUUCUGGGACUUUUUGAUUAAUGCCUGUUUGGGUUCUAUUCUGAUAAAUGUCAAUUGAGAGUCUCGCGUUGAGAUCAGGAAUUAAUUGGCACAAAUUUACAGGUGUGUACUGAGUGAAUGUGAGUGAAGGGCGUGCAUCUGUGUUCAAUAGCUUGCUUUUUAAUAUAUCCUUGGUGACAUGGGUUGCCUAAUGAGAUUACAAUAACUCACCUGUAUAUCACGCAUACUGUGAAGAAUGAAGUUAAAAGUAUCAAUCGUUUAAGUUCGUGCAAAAACUACACAAGUGCCAUUCCAGAUAACUAUUGUUACAUAAAACUUUAAUUGCUGUUCAAGUUUAUUGAAAUGUUUUAUCCAUGAAUGAAAAACUCAAAGCUGAACCGACUUGUUAUCAAAUCCACAGAUUAUUUACAUUUUACUAUAUUUACAUUUAAAGCUAUUGAGAAGUUUUCUGGUUAAAGUAGACUUGAGCAUUUGCAUUUUUUGUGAUAUAGGUAUAGGUCUGUUUUUAAUUUUAAAGCUGCUGUUGUUGUAAAGAUAUUGUGUAUUGAUUACUUUAAAACGUUUGUGACAUAAAAACAAAUUUAUCUAUUGAAAAGUUUAAAUAAAUUGUGAAAAAUGUUACAAUACAAAUAGUCAAUUAAAUUUUGUGUCAUGCUAACACAAUUUCAAGACAAUAAAUACUAUUACGUCUAAGAACAGUAAAAUGU